AAAGUGGAUAAAAUAUGUGAUGUGUGUGGUGAUAUCGCAUUAGCCAGAAACUUUGGGGCCAUAGCUUGCGAAUCGUGCAAAGCAUUUUUUAGACGGACUGCAAAUAAAAAUAUUGAACUGGAGUGUCCAUCGGAUGGUGAUUGCGAUAUUGAUGUCCAGUCGCGAGCAUUAUGUCAAAAGUGUAGGCUUAAUAAAUGUUUGGCUAUUGGCAUGAAAAAGGAAUUCAUACGGAGUGAUGAGGAAAAUAAACUGAGAAAGCAAUUGAUUAGAGAAAAUAAACGCAAACGAAAACAAUUGUAUGAGAGAUACAAACGUAUGGUCUCGUCGACCACCGACUGGCCCCCAAAUGAACAGACACUUUAUGACAGAAACCAUGAGAUUUACUGUCAAGAGAUCGAUAACCUAAUUGACAGCACUUUGGACAUCAGCGACGAUGCGCUAAACCACGAGAUUAUGGAAAUUGAAACGUAUGUCACAAAUGGCUUCAAUAAUAUACUCAUACAAAGUCUGCGACAAAAGUCAUACCAACACCCGAUUACACCG